UUUCUUCUCAUCAUCAUCAUCAUGAAGACGCUCAUCAUGUGUGCCAUCCUUGGCAUUGCGACAGCUCGGCCCCAAAACCCCCAAGACGCCUACAUCACCCGUUACGACUUCGACAACGCGGGCCUGGGGGGCUACUCCUUCGGCGUAGAGACCAGCGACGGCUUCCGGCACGACCAAACGGGGGAAGUGGUCAACCCGGGGGCUGAAAACGAGUCGAUUGUCAUGAGGGGGUCCUACUCAUAUGUGGGCCCCGAUGGGGUCACCUACACCGUCGUCUAUAUCGCCGACGAAAACGGUUUCCAGCCCGAGGGCGAGCACAUACCUCCUUCGGCUGGAGUGAAAAAACUGGGCAUUCCGGCGGCGGCGCAAGCGUCGCUAAUCGGUGGCGGCUUGGGGUGAUUAGACUGAGAAUAAAUGAUUUUGUACAUAAA